GUUGUUGUUCUUGUUACCAAGCAAGCAAAAUAGCAAAAUACUAGGAAAGCAUCGAUCAUGGAGAUGGAGCUAAGCUUAGGCGUAGCCACGUCCCUGUUUUUGCUUUCUGUCAUCUCAGUGGUGGCCUUAAGCUUGCUUAGCCGCAAAAGACUGGCAGCAGCAAGUGGCAAGAAGAAGAAGAAGCUUGGGCGGCCUGCUCCUGGGCCAUGGCGUCUACCCUUGGUGGGCAACCUCCACCAGAUCGUAACGUCCAAGCUGCCGGUGGUCCUCCGGGACCUGGCGGAGAAGCACGGGCCGGUGAUGUGCCUCCGGCUCGGGCAGGUGGACACGAUCAUCAUCUCCUCCCCGUCGGCGGCGCAGGAGGUGCUCCGGGAGAAGGACCUCAACUUCGCGUCGCGGCCGAGCCUGCUGGUGUCGGAGGUGAUGCUGUACGGGAACCUCGACAUCGGGUUCGCGCCGUACGGCGCGUACUGGCGGACGCUGCGCAAGCUGUGCAGGAUGGAGCUCUUGAGCGAGCGGAAGGUGCGGCAUUUCUUGCCCGUGAGGGAGAGCGAGACCCUGGCGCUGGUGAGGGCCGUGCACGAGGCGGGCCAGGGCGGCAAGAGGCCCGUCAACCUCGCACUGCUGCUCGUCUCCUGCUCCAACGCGAUCACCGAGCAGACGGCCUUCGGGCAGGUCGCCGGGCGCGAGCUCCAGGAGCAGUUGCUGGCGGCCAUUAACGUUGGCAUGACGAUCAGCAGCGGGUUCAGCUUCGGGGACCUCUUCCCGGGGCUGGGGUUCAUGGACACCGUCACCGGGCUUACACGCCGGCUGUGGCAGGCGCGCCAUCAGAUGGACGCCGUGCUUGACAAGAUCGUCGCUAAAAGCGACCAGAAAGGUGAUGACCUUCUGAGUGUCAUGCUUAGGAUCAGGGACGGGGGAGACCCUGAAUUCCCCAUCGAAACCACAACCAUUAAAGCAAUCAUAGUGGAUAUGUUCUCGGGAGGGACUGACACCACAGCGACGGCGGCUGAGUGGGUCAUGUCAGAGCUCGUGAGGAACCCGCCGGCGAUGGCCAAGGUACAGGCAGAGGUGCGGCGAACAUUCAACGGCAAGACCCGACAAGAGCACGAGGGGCACAUACAUGAGCUACACUACAUGAGGAUGGUCAUCAAGGAGAGCAUGAGGCUAAACCCGGUGCUGCCGCUGCUGGUCCCCCGAAUCUGCCGGGAGACCUGCCAUGUCGGGGGUUUUGAGAUCGUCGAGGGUUCCAGGCUCAUGGUCAACUCAUGGGCUAUCGGUAGGAGCCCAGAGAGUUGGGACGAUCCUGAUGAGUUCAGGCCAGAGAGGUUCGAGGACAGCAUGGCUGAUGACAAAGGACCCAGGUUCGACUACCUUCCAUUCGGAGGUGGGCGGAGAAUGUGCCCCGGCAGUACCUUUGGGUUGGCCGUGCUGGAGCUAAUCAUGGCACGCCUUCUCUACUACUUUGAUUGGAGCCUCCCAACCGGUGGGACUGAGCUUGACAUGGACAUGACCGUGGGCAUAACGGCGAGGAGAAAGAACCAGUUGCACGUAGUGGCAUUGCCGUAUAAGGAGGUUCCACUGCAAAGCUGAUUCAUAUCUUUGUGGUGGACAAUUUACCCAGUUGUGCUCCUUUGCGUCAUGUACAUUUCAUGUUUGUCCCGGGGAAAUGGACAAAUAAAUAAAUUGGGCAAUCGCCUAACUACUACUAGUACUAUUUUAGCGCGGGGUUACUCCAGCAGAUUUGGACGUUGGUCCAGUAAAGGGAAUGGUGUUGUACAAGUGUAUCAUGUAAUCUCUAUGGGCCUUGGGUGGUGGGCUCUACAUUUAUCGUUUAAGAGAUUAAAUUGUGCGUUAAAUUAA